GUUUUAUUCUCUCAUGUUGGUUUUAUUUGCCUUGGAGUUGUUUGGCGAAUUGUUGCAGUGAGUGGUGCAUGAAAUAUAGCAGCAAUGGGUGAAGAAGAUGAAAGCUCUAAGAAUAAGAACGUUGGUGGUGGUGGUGCUGGUGGCAGUAGAAAAGGUGCUGGUAGACCUUGCAAAAAGCCAAAGCCUAAGAAGGUGCCUCAGAGGGGACUUGGUGUUGCACAGCUUGAAAAAAUUAGACUUGAAGAAGAAGAAAAGGAGAAAAAAGCAGCAGCAGCAGCAGGUGCAAAUGCAAAUGGAUCAUCAAACAAUUCACCCUGUGAUCUGCGUCUGCAAUUUGCAAACUUUCCAUCUUCUCCAAAUUCAUUACCUUCAAGCACUGUUUCAUUAGCAAACAGUGGUGGUGGUGGUGGUGGCUCUGAGGCUUGUUGGCAUGGUGGUGUUCCACCACAUGGGCGUGUUAGUGGGCCCCACCUGUGGGCCCACCAUAAUUUUGAACUUCAGAGCAAGAACUUAGGGAUGGACCCUAAAUUGACUCUUGCAUCAAAUUUGCCAUGUCAGUCCAACCCUCUUAGCCCCUCCUUCAAUUGGUUGCAGAGAACCCAACAACAACACCCUUCAUCAUCAAUGGUGAGUGCCUCCUCAGGGACUUCAUCAAUAACUGUGCCUAAAUCCUUAAUAGAGAUCCCUUCAAACCAAAGCUACAGUGGAUGCUAUGUUUCCAAGAGGCAGGAGGAAAGGAUGACAGGGAUUAAAAGACAAGGCUCCUUCUCUCUUCAAACCCCACCUGUAAUCUCUUCCAAUUUCAAACCUUUAACUUUUCCUUCCCCUGUUAAAGCAAGUGAAACAAUUCCAUGCCGUCGUGGAAGAGAAUUCAACUUGGAUUUUAGCAAUUCAACUAUAAGGGAAGUUCCUUCCCUUGCAGCAUCCAACUCAGAGCUAAACUCAAAGAAAAAGAAGAAAGAUAAUGAGAGUAUUAGUGGAGAUUUUCUUAGACUAGCUCCUCCUAUCCCAUGCUCAAAUUUUAAGUUAAACUCUACUUCAGCUUUCCAACCAUUUCAUCACCAGGCAAACAUGAAGAAUCAAGUUCCUCCCCCNUCAGGGUACAAUCAACAGCAGCAACAUUGUUACAAUUUCAUCUCUCCAUCAGCAAAUGCAGCACUAAUUGGACAACAAUCAGAUAGUUUUCAGAAUCAUAAUGCGGUGGCAAGAAGUUCUAAACUAGAUCUCACUUUGAAGCUUUGAACAUCUUCAACCCAUUUCUUGUGGUCUCUCUCUUAGGGCUGUGAGACUUGUUUGGUCAUCUUGAAUUUAAUUUUGAGUUGGUAUGUAGUGCUUCAAAGGGACUAGAAAAUCACUAGUCUUAGAGAAGCAAGAAUGGAAAAGAAAGCAUAGAUGCUGAUUAAUUUCUUUGCUUAACGACUAUGCUGUUAUUAGGCUUAAUUUUGGUGACAAUGUUGCCUUUGGAGCUUUUGUUAUUUCUGUUCCUUUGUUAACAUUUGUUAUGUUUCGAUUUAUGUCUGACCAAGUUAGACCAUAAACUUAGUUAAUCAUUGUUAAAAAUAUGUUGGUACAUUUAUAUUUUGUUUGAAGGCUUAAUUAGUA